UCGAGUUGUCUGUUUGAACGCAGAGGUACCUUUGCUUCUCUGUCGGGCUUCGCACUGUCUUGAGGCACGCUGCUGUGUGUAGAUCUUUAGCGAACCCUCUGCCAUCUCAUAUGUGGACGAGUUAAGGAUUUACUCUGGAAAAAGGUCCCGAACUUCGGUGUUGGAGUAAAAUGGAUGUUAUUCCGAUGUGCGGGAUUUUUCAAGAACUCCAGAUUGUACACGAUACGGGAUAUUUUUCUGCAUUGCCUUCAUUGGAAGAAAACUGGCAGCAGACGUGUUUGGAGUUGGAGCGUUAUCUUCAGAAUGAACCUUAUAGGGAUUUGAAGUUUGACACACAGGAGGAUUUAUGGAGCAAACUGCUGUUAUGUUGUGGCAGGGAGGCCGAUUCAAACGUCACCCAGCCUCGUGGCUCUCUGCAUGGGAGGAACAACCACCCUUUACCACCCUCUGCUCUGGAGCGGCAAGGAUGUGUGUCCGACUCCGCCAGCGAAGCCUCUGACGGUUCUGAAGACCUCUCUCCCCAACCCAAACUUGGCAGUCAGUCCUUAGACCACGUUCUCACCCCGCUGGAGCACCUGCCACCUGCCGACAUUGUCACGCCUCCCUCCUCUCCAGAGGUUGCCAUGGAAACGGCGGCAGCACCGGCGUGGAGCCGCGUGGAGAGCGUGUUCGGAUCUCCCGGUAAAGCGUUAAGCGGAGACGCAGAGAGACAGCCCGGCAGUGACGGCUCUCCCGACCGACGCAGGAGAAUCCACAGGUGCCACUAUGACGGCUGCAGGAAAGUCUACACCAAGAGCUCCCAUCUCAAAGCACACCAGCGUACACACACGGGUGAGAAGCCAUACAGGUGCUCGUGGGAAGGCUGUGAGUGGCGCUUUGCUCGGAGUGAUGAGUUAACAAGACACUUUAGGAAACACACAGGCGCAAAACCUUUCAAAUGCGCUCACUGUGACAGGUGUUUCUCUCGUUCAGAUCAUCUGGCACUGCACAUGAAAAGGCAUGUCUGAUUUUGUCUAUCACAUCUGGAUGAGAGAGAGACAGAUCCGUCUGUUACAUCUGGAUGAGAGAGAGAGACUGAUCCGUCUUUCGCUUCAUUCGGUCAUCUUACCACCAAAACUGAGUCAAACAGACUCACUGAGAAAGACAGCCGCGGAGGAGGAAGAAAAAAGGCAAUGGAAAAA